UCAGUUUUGAUGGAUUUAAAACAGGAUCGCUUCAAAUCGUCUUAUGAAACUGUAUGUAAAACCAUAAAUUAUCUACGCCAUGUAAUAAGUGCUGCAAGAUUCAGCCAUGCAAAAGAUUUGAUGAAAACUAUUCAACAGGAGGGGAAAAAAAUUAUUGCUCUGCAACCGUCUGCUUAUGUUGUUGGUAAUAUGGUUAGAAGAGUCCUCAAAAUAAUUCGUGAAGAAUAUGCCAGAUUACGAGGAUUAUCAGAAGAAUCGGUGGGAAAGGAAUCUCUUCAUCGCAUGCUAACGACGUCUGCCUCAGGUGAUGAUUUUUUAAUGUCUCUAAAGGAACUAAAGAUCACUGUAAUGGAAGCAAUCAAGGAAUAUCUCGAUGAAUUGGAAGUCUCAAUACACAAUAUUUCAGCACAGGCAAUCGAGCAUAUUCACUCCAAUGAAGUUGUUCUCACUAUAGGAAAAUCAAGAACAGUAGAAGCUUUUUUAAAGCAAGCUGCCAAAACUAGAAAAUUUCAUGUAAUUGUUGUGGAAGGAGCUCCUAACUUUGAGGGUCAUAUACUUGCGAAAUCUCUGGCUGAAAGUGGAAUUGAAACAACCAUCAUUACGGAUUCAGCAGUGUUUGCUAUCAUGUCUCGAGUUAAUAAAGUUAUCAUAGGAACCCAUUCUAUACUUGCCAAUGGAGGUUUAAAAGCUGUGGUCGGAACUCGUCUAGUUGCACUAGCGGCCAAACGCCAUGCAGUACCGUUAAUUGUUCUGGCAGCAAUGUAUAAACUUUGUCCCAUGCAUUAUGCUGACAGCGCUGGGAAAGAUGCCAUGUUCAACAGGCUCACUUCGCCGCAAGCUGUGUUGGAUUAUGGUAUAGCUGGAAGCAAUGAACUAUGUGGUGUUCAAGUAUAUUCACCAAUGUUUGAUUAUGUUCCACCUGAACUAGUGACACUUUUCAUAUCAAAUAUUGGUGGUAAUGCGCCUUCUUACAUGUACAGAUUAUUAAGUGAACUUUAUCAUCCUGAUGAUCACGAGUUGUGACAAUUUUGCAAGGUGAAUCUCUUCAUCAGGGUUAUGGGAACUUGAGUUCAGGAGUAGUUCAAGUUUGGGUAGAUGCUCAGAAACGAGAAUAAUGUAUUUUGUUAAAGAAGAAAUGACGAAUUGGUGCAAUAUAAUUUUAAAAAAUAUUCUCAAAAUACGAAUCGUAAUUGAUAAGAUAUUAAUAUUAUUUCUUAGCUGUGAAAAAAAGUUUGAAAGUUCAAACAUAGCAUAAAUACGUUACUUGUAUUUCUGAAAAUCAAUUAGUCCUUUUGAAAACCCGAAGAGGCGAGCUUGCGCAAGAUUUGCACUCUGCUAAUUUUGUUGUUUUUCAUCGGCAUGGCGUGGUAAAUUCGCCCAUCGACAAUUUUGUCGGCAAUCUGUAUUCCGCCAGUCCUUCCCUUUUCACAUUCUACAAAGUACUGGACGUCCUUCUCCAUGAGGACAACCAAAAUAAUAUUUUUUCUCACGCAACUAUACUUUCGAAAAAACGCGUUUUAUGUAAUUUUUGAGGUGAUGUAUUGAUGUUUCCAUUGACUACAUUGGAGAUUUCAAUGAACUUCAAUUUAGGAUAGGAUUCACAUAUUUAUCCCGGGAAGAGGAAAGCCGGUAUGACGGCCUAAUCAUAUGGCAAACCACGGCUUCCCGUCCAGUUUUAAAAUAAUGAUGAUAUAAUUCAAAAUCUUCAUAUUUGUGAACGAAAAUUUGCUUGCGUGUAACAAAUAUUUUACGUGCGUGUCUUCCGAGUUUCCAUGAUAAUAUCGGUUCCUCGUCUGCGCUCUAAUAAUGAUAAAUAAAAUCAUCAUUGCAGCAAACAAAUUAACAGUGCUACUUCCAAGCGCCUAAAGUUUUUGGAAGAGAUUUCGUCAAUCCACUCUUAUGUUAUUACUUACGAUACCGAUUUCCAGCCAAACCAGAUGUUUUUUGUGCACGUAGUCAGAGGUCGAAACUAUUUUGCCUCUUUUUUAGAAGUAAUAGCAGUUUGCUGUUCGAAUAUCUAGUAGAACGUGACCUGGACACGGCACGGCACGCCAGUUGCGCGUCGCUCCUUCAAAGACUUGGAUUUCAUAACGCACUCGUGAACCACUUCUGGCGACCACAGAGAAUCUGCACCACUUGUUACCAACAAUCAAAGACGCUUAUUCAAUAUUAUAUUUGCGUUAUUGUAUUUGUUUAUUCAUUUUCGGUGACUAUGAUAUUGUUUAAUUUUUAAAUGAGCAUAGCGUGUGCCAAUGUUUCGUGAAUUUAAUUACUUUUCAGUGGGCGAUUUGUACAAUUCGAAUCGCCAAUAUAUAUGAGUAUUUGGAAAAGUAAUAUUACAAAGAUUUCCAAACGAAUACAUUAAGUUGAAUUUGUAAAAAUCCCA